GUGUUUUAGCACGCCUUUCAUUUCCUUCUCUUUCCAUUCCUCAGUCUCGCCGCGCCACAGUUACUUUCCGACAAAACCUACUCCAUGCGCAUUUUCUUCUUUGAGAGCUUCCGAGGACUCCAUUAGGAUCUACAGCGAAGAAGUCUGAAAAAUAGAAAACAUGCCAGAAGCCAGAGGAACAGACACCGUGAUCGAGCCUGCUGAUGAUCCUCAGUUAUGGAGCGAGAAGGGGAAAGGAACAUCACCAGAGCAAAGAGAGAAGUGGGCCAACAAGACCGAGUUUCUGCUGUCCAUGGCUGGUGAAAUUAUUGGCCUGGGCAAUGUGUGGCGCUUUCCUUAUCUGUGCUACAAGAAUGGAGGAGGUGUAUUUUUCAUCCCAUACUUUGUCUUCCUCGUUUUCUGUGGCAUCCCUAUCUUUUUUCUGGAGACAUCAUUGGGUCAGUACACCAGUGAAGGAGGGAUCACAGCCUGGAGGAAGAUAUGCCCCAUGUUUGAAGGAAUUGGCAUUGCAUCUCAAGUUAUUGUUGUCUACCUGAACAUCUACUACAUUGUGGUUCUUGCCUGGGCGGUUUUGUACCUUUUCAGCUGUUUUCAAGCCAAAUUGCCAUGGAUCUCUUGCGACAACGAAUGGAACACAGUAUCUUGUCGCACGUAUAACAAAAGCAUGCUGCACUCUGGCCUGCACAGGGAAGAUGCUGAUUGGUCCUUUUUGUACAAUGAAACAUACAACAACAGUAGCAGAUUUGACAUGUCUGCAGAAUACAAGAUUGUCUCUCCAGAGGAGGAAUUCUGGCUUUAUCGCGUACAGAGAAUAUCUAGUGACGAUUUUCUCGGUCCACCCCACUAUGACCUGACACUCUGUCUUUUGCUGGUGUGGAUUAUCUGUUACUUUUGCAUCUGGAAAGGAGUCAAGACUACAGGCAAGGUCGUCUACUUCACAGCCACAUUCCCAUAUGUCAUGCUGCUGAUUCUGUUUUUCCGAGGAGUCACUCUACCUGGAGCUGGAGUAGGAAUUAGCUAUUACCUUUACCCUGAUAUCUCCAAGCUUGCCAAUCCUGAUGUUUGGCGUGAUGCGGGAACCCAAGUGUUUUUUUCCUAUGCUGUGUGUCAGGGUGUCCUCACCGCUUUGGGAAGCUAUAACAAAUACCACAAUGACUGCUACAAAGACUGCAUCGCUCUCUGUGCCCUGAACAGUGGCACUAGCAUCUUUGCAGGCUUUGCUGUGUUCUCUAUCCUGGGCUACAUGGCUCAUGAGCUGUCCUUGCCUAUGGAGGACAUAGUGAAAUCAGGUCCCGGCCUGGCGUUUAUAGCGUACCCUAAAGCCCUGUCUCUUCUCCCAGGCCCUCAGUUCUGGUCUGUCCUUUUCUUCCUGAUGGUUCUCUUUCUUGGACUAGACAGCCAGUUUGUGUGUGUGGAGAGUCUAUCCACAGCACUCACCGAUGUUUUCCCUCGAAUUCUGAGGAAGCCAAAGCGCAGGGAGAUUCUGGUGUUGCUCAUUGCCGUGGUCUGCUUCCUGCUGGGUCUUCCUCUGGUCACUCGGGGUGGACUUCACCUCUUUAAGCUGAUAGACAUGUACGGACCCAGUGGAACAAACCUGCUCCUCAUCGCCUGUUUCGAGACGGUUGUCAUUGCCUGGGUGUAUGGUGUCGACCGUUUCACUGAUAACAUCGAGGACAUGAUAGGACAUCCUCCCAUGCCUGCGCUGAAGUAUUGCUGGCUCUUCAUCACCCCAUUAAUUUGUGGAGCCACUCUUCUGUACGAUCUGAUUAGCAGUCCAUCACUCAGCGCUUCAGCAGACUUCGUACCCAGUUGGGGUUCUGCAGUCGCUGUUCUGCUCACACUCACACCGAUGAUCUGCAUCCCCAUCUUCAUCCUGGUUGCCAUCAAAAGGGGUCCUAAAUUGAUAGUACCCUCUGCGGACCUGCAACAGCGCAACCCAAACAAGCCUCGGCUUACGCUGUGUAAGCGCGUCAUCUUCGAGAGUCAGACUCUUUCUAACAAAGAGGGAGACAAAGCUGCCGAAGAAAAAGCCCUGAAAGAGGUCAACACUGACAUGUGAAAGGAAGUUUGACAUCUGCAGAAAAUCUCUUACCUCAUACUGUGUGGAUGGAUGGAUAAAUGCACAAUCUUUUUAUUAGAUGAUAAAACCUUGAGUGAAAUAAACCUCAAAUUUAAUUCACAACUACAAGAAACUUAUGUUGAAUGGUUUAAGGUAUUGGUUGUUUUUCCCCCUUUCUUUUAUUUUAAAUGAACAAUAUAAGCACAUUUAAUAAAUUUAUCUUUUGGGUAAAGAUUGAUUUGACUGAUCCAAGAUCAGCCUAGUCAUUUUUAUAUCGCUUUUGUAUACCACUAUUAUACAAACAUGAAUCUGUAUUCAUGUUGAUAUACUGUAUGUAACCAGAAUUUGUAAUAGCUGUUUGAAACUGGUGUUUGUACAUGACAAGCUCUGCUUUUUUAUUUAAACUGUAUUUUUUUUACAUCUAAGCAGCACUGCUGUACAGAAAUACAUGUAAAACUCCAGUUAUAGUAUUGUUCUAAUAUUUUAGUUAGGUCAAAUAUCUGUCCUUUUUCAUGAUUUUAUGGGAAAUUUUCUUAUUUUGUAUUGUGUUAUUUGUGCUAAAUUGCCCAUGAGUGUGUAUAGGCAUGGGUGUAUGGUAUGGUUCCCUGUGAUGAACUGGCUUGCCACCUAAAAUGAAUUCUCCUGUCCAUUGUUAAUAGGAUUAGCUCUGAAUCCAUUAGUAUCCAGCAAGUUUUGAAAAUGCAAUCUUAAGAAUUGAAUCAACAAUAAAUAUUUGGGCCAAUAUAUGUAAUUUCUAAA